AUGAGCACUGAAGUCCGCGAUGUCCCGGUGGCAGUGCGCUUGCCACCGUCUAAGUGGAAGCUACCUGAUACGAACAACAAUCUUGGUGACUAUCUACCAAACUUCACUCUUCAAACGGAGACACUCUCCUGCCGUGGACGAAAUUGGCUCAUUGUUUUGCAACUCUUCUUCGGAGAGCUUGUGGCGUCAGCAAUGAUCACCUUUCCUUACUUUCUCAUUGAUCCUACCUUGCGCUAUUGUGCGGUCUCGGAGGCACUGGCGGUGGGAGGACUCGUCUACGCUGCUGUCUGGUUAAUCUACCCUAUUUCAGGGGCUCAGAUAAACCCUAUUAUCACCCUUGCCUUCGGAUUGACUCGUCGUAUCUGCCUCUACUUCGUGCCGCUGUACUGGAUCGCACAGUUUUUGGGCGCUGGAUUCUCGAUGUCCAUCGCCUAUUACGUCUCACCAUUCCUGAACUGCGCCCCUGACAUGGGCAUGACUGUUCCACGCAACGGAAUUACCGUCUUUCAGGCGUUGUGGUUGGAAUGUUUGAUUACUUUUCUUCUCCUCAUUGUAAUUCUUGCGGGUACUGACGAGGCCAGGGAAACGGUGUGGACCAUGGGAGAUGGAUCUACUCUGGCUUGUGUCUACAUGCUCAUGUACUUUGCCAUCACCAUCGUGACUGUAAGCUUACUCAUUGUGCUACAAUUAACUCACCACAUAUGUGUUCACGAUAAGUCCUUGGGUGUCCAUGCCCGGUUUGGCCUCGUGACUCGAUAA